AUGUCUGCAAACUCGUUGUCCAUUCUUUGCUUCGGUGACUCACUCACCCAAGGCUUCCAUAGCUGGGGCCUUAGCAAGCACCCAUACGCCGAUGAGCUCGUGGACGUCCUUGAAAAACAUUUCCCCAGUCUACGGCUGAAAAUCACAGCCGACGUCGCCGGUCAACCGGGUGAUACUGUGGUAUAUGCCGAGGGGGCAAUCAAACGAGGCGGGUUCCUCUCUCGUAUCCAGCUCAAAUGUGACAAAAAGAAGUAUGACUGGGUUGUUAUUCUCGGCGGCACUAACGAUCUGGCAUGGGGACAUGAUGCCAAGACGAUAUAUGCGGCUCUCCGGGAUUGUUGGAACGUGGCCCUCGAGUCUGGUGCUAAGGUCCUUGCCUUGACGAUACCCGAAUGUCAAAGCACGGUUAAGGAUGAAGAGCGCACGGCGGUGAAUACGCUGAUUCUUGAUACGAAGAUGGAUCGAUUCUAUUCUUUUGAUCUCCGACCCAAGAUCCCGUACCGUGGCUCAUCAGAUGAGUUCAUCGAGAAGAUCUUCGAUGAUGGACUACACUUGACUGCCGAUGGAUAUGAUCUGAUGGGACGUUCUAUUGGACUGUGUCUAGCUGAUAUUUUGAAGGCAGAGGGGACCAUCGCUGGUCUGGGAGUGGAGGAAGAGGCAUCGAAGUAA